AUGCCGACCUUUAAGGUUGUUGUCAUCGGCGCUUCUGGGGUGGGGAAAACUAGUCUUCGCGGCCAGUUCAUAUCUGGUCGUUUCUCAACCUCCUACCGAGCAACCAUCGGCGCGGAUUUCGUCACCAAGACUCUUCCACCUAUUCUACCCUCGACAGAACCUGUUGUUCUCCAAAUAUGGGAUACCGCUGGCCAAGAACGCUUUUCGUCCCUAUCAUCGGCCUUCUUUCGUGGGGCAGACGCCGCCAUUCUUAUGUACGAUGUCAACUCUCCUGACACGUUGUUUGCCCUGCAGAAAUGGUGGGACGAGUUCAAAGACAAGGCGCCAGUGGCCGAAGGCGACAUUGAAGAUGGUCGAUUUUGUGCCGUGGUUGUGGGCAACAAAGUAGACUUGCUCGAGGGGAAAGACGACCAAGAGGUGGUUUCUCCUACCCAGGGAGCGCGGUUUGUGAGAGCGCUGAUACCUCGCAUGGAUACCCCUCCGCCCACACCGGGACUUGUCGGGUCCGUCACUAUUGACGACGACGACAACGAACAUCAGGCCAACACUGACACUGAAGACCCAAUGACUGCCUCCCAGCUCACUGCCCGCCCACCUUCUCCUAAACCCAUAUCCAUUCUUCGUCACCCACAUCUAGCAACCAACCAUCGGAAAACACACUCCUCCUCCCAAAUUUCGUUCAGCGGAGCUCUCCGCCAACCCCGCGCCCAUUCUAGCACUCGUUCUCGUGCUUCAUCCACUAUAACUUCGACUUUGACCAUAUUCCACACCCCUUCCUCGUCCGUCUUUAGCGAUGGGGUCUCGGAAUACUACCACUCAGCACAAUCGUCCUAUUCGGAACCAGAUUUAACACUUAAUGGCCGUUCGCAUUCACCUAGCGCGCGUAGCGCCUCAGAACUGACUAUCACUCCUGCUCGAUUCUCUACCGCGUCCGAGUCGUCGCAAUCACCCACCUCCCUCAUUUCACAGCCAAACGGCAAGCGGUCCCCGCCAGCCCCGGCCCCAAUCGAUACCUCACCCUUUGCAUCGUCCCACAAAACAGCAGAGGAACGGGCGCGAGACCUGGGCCCAAGCAGCGCCGCACUCAGUCCCCUCCCAUACCAAACCCAUCUCCCGUUCGGCGCAUUUGAAGGCAAGAAAGGCGCUAAUGGGCGGCAAAGCAUCCGCACGAAAGGCAGAGAAACCGCCGCAGUGUCCAGCGCCAGCGCGGGCAGCUCUGUUGAGAGCUUAUCAGACAACUACCUGCUUGAACCAGACGUCGACGCGAAUUCCGGUGCUGCUGCUGGCCAUUUCCGUGUUUCGGCGAGGACCGGCCAUGGAGUCGACGAUGUCUUUGGGUGGGUUGCCCGGCGGCUGGUGGAAGAGUGGGACCGGGAGCGACGAGAGGGCGAAAUGCGGAUGGAGUUUGGAGAGGCAGGAGACACGAUUCGCGCAAGGGGCCAAGGCAGACGUCGAAAAGCUUUGAAUGGGAAUGGACAUGUGGGAGACAGUUUCAGUGGAGCAGAAGAGAGGUUGAGGAUGCGCAUGGGUAAUAAUACGAGCAGCGAUAGUUGGGGGAGGUGUUGUCAAGGUUAA